AUGGGGUCAGCCUCUGAGCAAGUCCUUGUGCGGGAUCCCGCACUAUUUUAUUGGAUCCUCCUACCCAUCACCGUUGUGAUGAUACUGACCGGCAUCCUACGGCACUACGCCUCCACUCUCUUACAGUCGCCGCCCAAGCCAGCAGCCACUCCAGCCGAGUCCCGCGAGCGCCUAGCACUCACCUUAGGACCGAUGCUGCGGGCCAACUGUCCAGCGUUGUCCAAAGCCUCUUUCGAGCACCGCAAAGAGCAUCUUAUCGACAACUACAAGAAAGGAGCGUACUUGAAAGACGGACCAGGAGGCAAAUCCGCAGCACCAAAUCCAAUGUCCGAUCCCGCGGCCAUGGACGGCAUGAUGAACAUGAUGAAGGGCAAUAUGGCAAUGAUGAUUCCGCAGACACUGAUUAUGAGCUGGAUCAACGCUUUCUUCGCAGGCUUCGUCAUCCUUCGCCUGCCAUUCCCGCUCACGAUCCGUUUCAAGAGCAUGCUGCAGUCCGGCGUCAUGACUCGGGAUCUGGACGUGCGGUGGGUUAGUUCCCUAAGCUGGUACUUCCUGUGCCUGUUCGGCUUGCAGGGCGUCUUUGUAUUUCUUCUGGGCAACGAGGGUGCGGCAGGCAUGAUGGCGCAGCAGAUGGCCGGUAUGCAGCCUAUGGGCGGUGCAGCGGCGGGAGGCAAUCCGUUCCAGCCAGGCCAGGAUCCGGACAAGAUGUACAAAGCUGAGGCGGAGAAUUUGGAGGUGGCGGAGUGGUGGGGAGUCUUGGAUGGAGCAGAAGACCGUUUGCUGAGGGCAAACGCUGCUUAA